UGAAGAUGAAGAAGUUCCUGUGAGGCUGAACUAUUUAUCAGGGUGUUAAAUGGAUCUGUUAUGAGGCUUAUUUCAGCUGAGUACUUGGUUGUUUGAUCCUAUUAUCAUUAUUAGCUUCGAAAGAAGUGCACUCCUCCAUUAUACAGCUUAUAAGACUUAUCUUAGUCCUUCAACCCAGAGUUUUUGCAGCUAUUAGGGUACAGAGAUCAAGUUAUGAUCCCCUGAGAGUGAAGAGCUUUUGAAUUAUAUACAUAAUCACUUCUGUUUUGUAUAUUCUGAUCCGAUUAGUUGAUAUUAUCAUUCUUUUUGUAAAACAAGAGUAUUUUGCUGCAACCAUUUGGAUAAUUAUGACAGGUCUGGGAACGUGGCUUAAUUAUUACUUUAUCACAAUAUUAAGCACUUAUUAUAAGGAGCCUGAAUAUCAAAUUCAGAACAUGGCAGUUGUUCCAAACCAAAGAGUCUCUGUAGUAUCAGUCAACCAAAUGGAUCAGAAUCCGGGAGGAUUUCCUCAAGCGAAUAACUUUACUCCUCAGAAUAAUUAUCCGAAUAAUCAAAUUCAACUCGAUAACCCUCCUCCUGCAAUGAUAGCAGAGGGAAUCCCUAUCCAAGAUCUAUCAACUUCUAAUCAGAAUUAUCACAUCUAUGGCGUCAACCAACAAGUGAAUGUCGCUAACAGUCCAAAUAGAGCAGGAAUAACGGAUGUAAGCAAAAGUAUCAGUAAGAAGGAUUCCAGAGAGAUGGAAGACUCAGAAGCGAUCUAAAGAUAGGCUGUAAGCCUAUUCUGGAAGAGUCAUUUUUGUUCCUAUAAUUCAACA